CCCCUUAGCUGACUCCUGAGAGCUAAGGCUCAAGGCUUCGAAAGUGAGAUGCCCCCAGAGUGUCCCAGAGCUCUGAUUCUGGUCUAGAAUCCAAGGGGAAUUUAUCCCUCUGUCCUUGUGGGCCACUUGGGGAAGGGAAGGUUCUGACUUCUCCUUCUAGGUCUGGAGCUCCACAGGCUGGACUCAUAGGUGUUGGGCUCUGAGGAUAUCGGGGUGAUGGAUGAGCUCUUCAGAGAUUGAAGGAAUGCCCAGUUGGAGAAGUUUCCAGAAGCUCAGACUUCCUAACCUUGAGGCAGCAGCGUGGCCAUGUGUCCCCCAGUGGCUGUGCACCUGAGCAGAGAGGGCGUGUCCUACCUCUACACUUUCUGGCUGUAUGAGCUGCAGCAUGGAUGCUGGCUGAACAACUGCUUUGCCUGCUUCAAGGCUGCCUUCCUGAAAUACAAAGAUUCACUAGAGUCAGAAGAAUGGGAGGAGGAAGAGUGGGACUUCAUGGAGCAGGAGAAUUGGUCUGAGGAUGAAGAAGAGUCCUCAGAGUCAGAGAUUAACUUAGAACUACAGGAGGAAGACUCAGGUCCCUCUGAGGUACCCACUCAGCCGGUAUCCCUGCUCCCCAAAGGUGAAGACUGGACCCAGGACCUCCCCUGGAAGGUACCCAUCGCUCAUCACUGCACCCAUUGGCCCUGCCCCCUUCUCCCCUCCUCUCCUCCACAGCUGUUGCCCAGUGUGGCUAGGGCCUCAGUGGAGCCCAUGGUGCUGGAGCUGGGAGCCGUGAGGCCAGUGGAGCCAUGGGAAGCUGAGGCCUGGCUUCUGGGCCUAGAGAUCUUCUUGGUGGUGGGCUACGAACACGACGUUGUCAUCAUGCGGAACCUGACUCCAGUUCAGGCCCUGAGGAACCCGGGCUGGUUCUGGAAGCUGCUGCUGGAGCCCACCCCCGAGGUGUGGAUGGCGAAGCACCACAAUCCAUACCUGUUGCCAUACCUGUUCCAGCACCCACUGGGCAUCCUGGAGAGGACUCAGCACAAUCAUCAGAUGUGCCCUGCAUUCACAGUUCUACAAAAGAAAGGUUUCAUAGUUCUGUCCUUCUUACCCUGGUGUCUUGAGGUUCCAGGGGAGAAAUACUCAGCCUCUGCUCAAUAGCCCCUCUCUUGAAGCCAGGAUCCCAGACCCCCUAAGAUGAGGAACUGUGUACCCAGGAGGCCAGGAGAGAGCCUUGGCUGUCAUGGGAGUCAGUCCUUUGGUCCCAGGCCCCAGAACGUAGGAACUGAGGCCCAGGUGGCCACCAUUGCCCGGGCCACCCCAGGACACCAGACACUGGGAAGGGCCAGCCAUCAUCCUCCCACUGUAGCCGGGUGAGCAGGUGGCAAGGGCUGGGGAGCUUCAGCUGGACGAGAGAGUGGAGCAGCCUGGGGGCGGGUGUCGGACUGGCUGAGACUGGUGGAGGGGUCACCAGUGCUCAAACUCGGGAGGCUUCUCCUCAGAGGACUUCCUAUGGUUCAGAGCACCACGCUGACCCAGAGGUGCUGAUGUUGGGGUGACUUUGAAGAGAGGAAGGGGGCGCAGCAGUGUACCGGCCCUGCCUAGCUAUGCAGAGUCAGGAGAGGCUCAGCCCUAGAGUGCACCAAGCUCGGGGUCCACCUGAGGCCUGGCUUGACUUUGCUCCCAUGUUUUCUGGGGGCCUCGUGCUGGCCUGCAGUGAGGAUCCUGGUUUUAAGCAGUUUUUUUUUUUUUUUUUAAAUUCAGUUUGGUUCUAGCUGUUUGUAUGUUUUUAAAUUAAAUAAAUU